CUGAAUUAAAGUAUGGACUCGUGUGAAAGUUUGGACUUGGAGAAGUUCUUGACGAACGUGGACCGUAUAAGUGAGCUGGUCAAGGAGAUGAACUCCGGUGAUAUGGUCACUCAGGAGAAAGCUGUGGAAAAGGCAGAUUGUCUGCUUGCCUCAUUGAAAGAAGAGAAAACGAGCAUCAACCGGACAGUUAUUAAUACCACUCCCUCGUGUGUGGGCAGACCAGGGAAUGAAUCUUAUAUAUCCAGUGAAAGUCCAGAGAAAUUUAUGAAAGCUUUAGAAAAGGAUGCAGAGGAGAGAAGAAAGAGGAGACAAGUGAAAGAGAAGGAAGCAAACGCCUUAAAGGAAAAAGGAAACAAAGCGUUUGCCCUGGAAGACUAUGAAUUGGCUUUCAAGUUCUACACCGAAGGUCUAGAACAGCUUCGUGACAUGCCAGCCCUUUAUACAAACAGAGCUCAGGCCCUUAUCAAGCUGAAGAAGUUUAAGGAGGCUAUAAGUGACUGUGAGUGGGCCCUGAAGUGCAAUACUAAGUGUAUUAAAGCAUAUGUCCACAUGGGCAGAGCACAUCUAGGACUAAAACAUUUUACCGAGUCCAGGCGGAGUUAUGAAAAGAUAUUGGAUAUCGCGCCAGAGCGUGAAACUCUUGUGAAAGAUACUGGGCAGACGUUAUUCCGAUUAAACAAUGGCUUUAGUAUCAUCUCUGGCAAUAAGAAUAUACAGAGCUGUCUUAUGCUGACUUUGAAAGAGCUUCACAGCAUGGAUCUGUGUGUCGCUGUCCUCAGAUUAUGGACUAAGGUUUGCAGUGGAAAUGAGGAAAAUCAGCAGCUGUUACUGCAGUGUCUCAGCACAAGUGAACAGAUUGUCCUGUUGUUAACCUCAACGUCAUUAGCCAUCCAGCAGGAAUGUUUAACUCUUAUCUGCAUGUACUGUCAGAGCCAGCAUGGAAGACGCUUGGUAAUUGAAAACCUCGAUCUGAUCAGAAUGACAGAGAUCUUGAUGGACUGCGUAUGCAAAGACGACAAAUCAAGAAGCAUGGCCCUCAGUAUUCUGGAGAACCUGGCUGGAGAAAAUAAGUUUCGUAUCCGGUCUAGAGAGAGCAUUACAAAGGUUUUUGCCCCUCCUUUCGAGUAUUUGCUGGAAAAUGUUACGGCAUCCAGCCAAGGCUUGCUGCCGUGCUUAAUUUCUGUGAUUGGGGCCAUGUCUGUGGAUGAAGUCGUUAUUAACAAGCUGGCGAGCCGUGAAGAGUUUUGGAAGAGCUCGUUCUCUGCCAUGGGGCAGUGUGCUAGCUGUGAAUAUAGAAGUGUUCUCUAUCCUCUCCUGGAUCUCAUGAUCAACAUAGCCUCUAAUCAAGCUUCGGUCAUGCGAGAGUAUGCUGUUGUGGGCUGUAAAAGAUGUCUGGUUCUGCUCAGUGAUCCUGAUGGUGGCAUCAUCACGAGAGCAGUGGGAUUGCUAAGCGUGGUCCUUCCAAAAUCAGCUGCUGCCACUCAGGAGCUUGUGCAGCAAGGUGUUGUAAAGAGACUGCUCAAGAUUCUCAAGGUUGAAGGGCAGACAAGCUCAAGAUACUCAAUUAAAGCUAUGGCAGUGUGCACCGCCUCUGGCCAGCAGGCCUGUGAAGAACUGGUGAAGCUUGACAAGAGGCUGGUGACCAUGAGGAAGCUCCUGGGCAGCAGUGAUGAAUUAGUGGUAGGAAACGCUGCUCUGUGUCUAGGGCACUGUUUGGCGGUGCAGGGAACCGCAACCAGUCUCUUGGGUACGGAUUGCGUGAUGCUCCUUCUGAGGCAUGCAGCUGGAAAGUCUAAGAGAGUGGACGUGCAGCAGAACGCCGCCAUCGCAUUGGGGAAACUGUGCAGAGUUGAGCCCAGAUGGAUUCACGUGGACCCUGGACUUAAAGUGAGAAGUUUACACUGCACCAGGACUAUCUUUAUCACUCAGUUCUUUUCCUUGUGUACACUAGAUUACAUGCACACCAAAAACAAUCCUCCCAUCCAAAAUGUUUAUCUGUAUAGAUUUCGGUAAUAAAUAAGUAUGUUUGUUGUAAAGAACUAUGGAAAAUAUGCACAGUGUAUGGAAAUGCAUAGGCAUCCUGAAAACAAACUGGAGUGUUAGGUAAGAAAAAUUUAUUCUGAUAACAUUUCCUGUUCACUAAUACAUACUUAGAAGGGAUCACUCAUCAGCUCAGAACCUAGUUUACAAACCUGACAUUAAUAUUGUGUACUUAUGGUUUGUACAGGACUUUACUUUUCAUUUAAAGUUCUCAGUUUCUUAUGCAAUAAAAUAUUAGUUCCUCAUUUUUAAAUGGUGUUAAAGUUGAUUCGUGAAUAUUCAAUUCGUUGCUGUUUUGCCUGUAGUAAUAUUUUACCAAACCUCAGGCUCAAUCAAUCUGGGAAUUGAAGAGCUCAUGAGUAGACCUCUGGAAAAACUGGCAGGCAAUGAAUCUGUUUAAUAAUGGAUUAUAUGAACACAAUCUUACCUCUGCAACCUCAUGCAAGCUUUGACACAGAUGUGAAAUAAAAUAAAGUGAUGAAUUCUUCCUCUGAACCGAUAUGAUUUGUUCUCUUUUGAGUAAUUUAAUCAGAGUAUAAAUGAGCCAAGAGGAAGGAAUAGCUUUCAGGAUGUCAUUAGUCACUCAAGAGAACAAUAGAUUGACUGAGAUUAUUAUAGCAGUGUUUAGAAAAGCAAAGAUUAGUUAUACUUUACUUGCAUAAAACAGUAGGUCAGUGAGACGGUGGGUAUUUGUAGAGCGAAGGUGUCUUGUUGUAGAUUGUGGAGUGAGGAGUUCUUUAAGAUAGUGUAGGACGUUUCCAUGGAUGCACUGGCGGGUAAGUAGACAGAGUUUAUAUUCAAUACGGAGGUGGAUGGGGAGCCAGUGGAGUGUCCGGAGGAUUGGAGUGAUGUGCUCAUAUUUCCACAUUCUCAUAAGGAUCCUGGCAGCACUGUUCUGAAUGUGUUGGAGCUUUUGAAGACUCCUGCCAGAGAUCCCAAUGAAGAGUGCAUCACAAUAGUCAAGCCUGGAUGAGACAAAGGCAUGGACCAGCCUUUCAGCAUCACAGAGGGAAAAGGAGGGGCGGAGUUUGGCUAUGUUUCUGAGAUGAAAGAAUGCAGUUUUACAGAGAUGUUGGACAUGUAAUUCAAAUGGGUAUCAAACAGGUUAUUAACAGAGUUGGAGAGAGUAAUGGUGUGGCCAGAAAAGGAAAAACAGGUA